AUGGCAGCUUCAGCUUCACCUCCUUACUCAUUACAAUCAUCACCCAUCAUGAACCCCUCAUCCCGUCACUCAUCGCGACCCUCACUAUCCCUCGAUGUCGCCAACAUUCCUCCGCUUUCCCAACCAUCGCCACCAUCCAAUACCCUCCUAAUCACCGAUCUCCACGACCUCCUCGUCUUCCAACCCCCCGCCCUGGAAGAAAUCCGCAAGCAAAUCACAGCAGUAGCCCCCCUGAACUCCUUCUCACCGCUACCAUCUCUGCGCCGUCUCGUCUGCUCCUUCCACAACGACGAAGACGCCAUCGCAAUCCGCAAACUGCUCGACGGCAAGCAGCUCUUGAACCGAAACGUGUACCCACGGAUCUACUUCGGCGAGCCAACCCCAAUCCUAGACGGCGGCCGACCCAAGCUCCUCGAAGCCCCGCAAGUCUCCAAGAUGUUCUUCAUCUCCCCGCCGCCCAGCCCGCCCCACGGCUGGGUCUUGCGCAACGAGGACCCGCCCAACAAAGAAGUACACGCCUCGGAUUUGGCACACGCCCUGUCCAUGCUGAAGACUGAGGCUGCUCAGCCUGCUGAGACUGCCGUCGAUCCUGUGACGCCGGUUUCCAACACAUCGAAUAAGCGCACGCCCAGCUGGCCGCUUGCAAGCUCGGGCUCCCAGCAGCGCAGCAGGAGUAGCACCAUCAUCUACAAUCCCGAGGACCACGGUGGUAGUCCUAAUCUGCCUGCUGUUAUGGUUGAGGAUAUGACGUUGGAUAUCGAGGAUGUGGAUGAGAUGGACAUGAGCCCAAUUGACAUGUCUGUUAAUCAGAUGCCUCCUAAGACUGCUCGCCCGCCGGUGGAGCUUAUGGAAUCUCUCUCCUUAACACAAUCUACACCGCAAUCUAGAAAUCCCAAGAAUGAUAAAUUGGGGGAAACCAACCUAGUCUCUCAGCUCUCUCAACUAUACAACCCCAAAUGGACCAAGAAAGACAACCACUUCUCCCCCCCUCAAUCCCCCCCAAACGAACUCCCAAACCCUUCCUCUUACGCCGAUACUCCCCUAGACACACCCCUCAAACCCCUCACCUGGUCAAGCGCCUACAUCCUCGUCAUCUCCCGCGUAAUCGGCAGCGGCAUCUUCGCAACACCAGGCUCAAUAGUCCGCUCAACCGGCAGCAUAGGGUUAACCCUGCUAGUAUGGCUAAUUGGCACAAUCCUCUCAGCCUGCGGUCUAGCCGUGUCCAUGGAAUUCGGAUGUAUGUUUCCUCGUUCUGGUGGUGAGAAGGUAUAUCUAGAGUAUACCUACCCCAACCCACGCUUCCUAGCUUCCAGUCUCGUCGCCGCACAGGCCGUGCUACUAGGGUUCACAGCCAGUAAUUGCAUCGUCUUUGCAAGAUACGUACUGUUUGCACUGAGCGUGCAACCAAGCGAGAACCAGCACAAGGCGUUGGCUGUGGGACUCUUGACGGUUAUUACGAUUGUGCAUGGAUGUUUCUUGAAGACGGGGAUUUUCGUGCAGAAUGUGCUUGGGUGGGUUAAGAUCUUCUUGAUUGGUGUUAUGUCUUUGACGGGGAUAUGGGUUGUUUUUCUCCGAUCUGCAUCUUCUGGAAAUGAAGAUGAUAUCUCCCUGUCAUUGACAGGUGACUCCUUCUCAUGGGAUGCUAUGUGGGCGGGCUCGAAUUGGAGCUUCGGUUUGCUAUCGACUGCUCUUUUCAAGGUCUAUUAUUCCUACGCUGGACUGAAUAAUGUCAACAAUGUGCUGAAUGAGGUUCGUGAUCCGAUCGGCAUUGUGAAGACGGUUUGUCCGACUGCGCUUGUUACGGCCGGGGCGUUGUAUUUUCUUGCGAAUCUUUCUUAUUUCCUUGUUAUUCCGCUGGAGGAUAUCAAGGAGAGUGGGGAGUUGGUUGGGGCAUUGUUGUUUGAGAGGUUAUUCGGGGAUCAUGUUGGGAGAGUGUUUUUCCCGCUUGCUAUUGCUGUUUCUGCAGCUGGGAAUGUGAUGGUUGUGACUUUUGCUUUGGCACGCGUGAAUCAGGAGAUAGCACGACAAGGCUUCCUCCCAUUCCAGAACCUCCUCUCAUCUUCGAAACCAUUUGGCUCGCCGUUGGGCGGAUUGAUUGUCCAUUAUAUCCCCUCUGCGCUGGUCAUUGCACUACCGCCGCAAGGCGACGUCUAUAACUUCAUCCUCGAUUUGGAGGGGUUAUCCGGGACAGAUGUUCGCGUUGGCUGUCACUGUUGGGUUGCUGGUCUUGCGGUACCGCGAGCCUCAUCUUCCUCGACCGUUCAAGGCAUGGCUGCCGGCUGUUUGGCUGAGGGUGGUGGUUUGUCUGAUCUUGUUGGUUACGCCGUUUAUCCCGCCGUCCGAUUGGAAGGGGGACGUGGACUUCUUCUACGCUACAUAUGCUCUUGUUGUGUACUAUUUGGGGUUCUAUACUGGUAUGUAUGGACAGUGCUGCUUCCUCGUUGGGGAGGGUAUCGGCUUGAGGAAGAGAAGGAGAUUCUGGAUGAUGGGACGAGUAUUAUCAAGCUUGUUCGGGGGUAUAAGUAG